CUCUCUGACGAAACCCUUUAUGUUUCCUAUGCGUGCACACACACAGCCGUACACGACUCGUAUUUAGCAGUUUAGCAGAUUUGUGCAUGGCUGCAUGUGUGUGCAUUUACAUGCAAGUUCCUUCACGACAUUAGCAUUCACGGCAAGAUCUACAACUGGAAUUUUAAUCGUUUUUUAUUUGGCCUUGACUUGACUCAAUUUAAAUUUGCUUUAUAGUUAAAAUAAAAUCCCGAAAAAUAGCCACUCCACUUAGAGUAGUUGGAUUUCCUAAAUAAUGAUGUGGGAGUUUCGCUCUAUGACGUUUUGGCGAGCCGUGUUUGCCGAGUUUUUUGGCACCAUGUUUUUCGUCUUCUUCGGGAUGGGAGCGGCGCUACGCUGGACUACCGGCCCGUACCAGGUCUUCCACACCGCCCUCUGCUUUGGCUUUGCAGCUGCCACAAUGAUCCAAUCCAUCGGCCACAUCAGCGGAGGACACAUCAACCCGGCCGUCACCUUCGCCUACUUGGUCGGCUCUCGGCUGUCUUUCUUCCGUGCGGUCUUCUACAUCUGCGCUCAGUGUCUGGGGGCCUUGGCAGGGGCCGGGGCCCUUUAUGGAGUCACACCUAACAGCAUCAGAGGCACAUUCGCACCUAAUACAUUGCAGCCAGGCAUGAGUUUGGGCAUGGCGACCACAGUCGAGGUGUUUCUCACCAUGCAGCUGGUGAUUUGCGUCUUUUCCGUCACAGAUGAGAGAAGAAAUGGACGUCUGGGCUCUGCUGCUUUAUCCAUUGGCUUUUCUAUCACCAUGGGUCACCUGAUGGGGAUGUAUUACACUGGAGCCGGUAUGAACCCAGCUCGGUCUUUCGCUCCGGCUGUUCUCAUGAGGAACUUCAUUAACCAUUGGGUGUACUGGGUGGGUCCCAUGAUCGGUGGUGCAAUGGGUGCCAUUUUUUAUGAUUUCAUUCUGUUCCCCCGUAUGAGGGGUCUCUCUGAGCGGAUAGCCACACUUAAAGGCAGCCGACCACCAGAGGCCGAAAACCAGCGGGAGAACCGUGGGGAGCCCAUUGAGCUGACGACUCAAUCCCUAUGA